AUGAACGGCCUUGCAGAGCCCCGUAAGCAACCUGUGGCGACCAUGGAAAAAGAAAUCCUCCCCAAGGACACUGUGUUGAUCGCCGGAGGCGGGCCGGUCGGGCUGACCCUUGCCACCGUGCUUGCACACUACGGCGUGAGAAGUGUUAUUCUGGAGAGAAACCCGGAAACUACACGAUGGCCGAAAAUGGACCUCACAAACAUUCGAUCCAUGGAACUUUUCCGAAAGCUUGGUCUCGCAGACGAACUUCGUAAACUCGGCGUUGCAUCUCAUCUACCUUAUCGAGUGCUCGUCUCAACCAGUUUAUGGAGUCCUAAGCCACUAGCCGCUUGGGAGCAUGCGGGUGUGGACGACUGGCGAGUCAAGAUCGCGGCAAACAAUGAUGGCACUAUGCCGCUGGAACCAUGGCAGAGACUAUCUCAAGCGCUGUUUGAAAAAUGGCUGAAGAACAUUUGCGACAACAACCCCUUAAUCGAUGUUAGAUUUGGCUGGAAGCUUACAGAACUAUCGAAGGUCGACGAUAGAGUGAUUGUUGCCGCGUCCGAUGCCAGUGAUGUGCAACGCCAGAUUAGCUCAACAUACCUUAUUGGCUGUGACGGAGGCUCUAGCCGAGUACGACGUUCUCUGAAGAUACCUCUUGAUGGUGGUCCCAUGCCCAUAUAUGGACUUCUCAUUCAUUUCAAAUCUCGUGAUCUAACUCGUCUUCACAAACAUGGACGCUUUUGGCACAUGUUCUUCUUAAGUGAGCAAGGCUUAGGCUCAGCGGCUAUCUCUCAGAACGAAAAGGACAUCUUCACGACUCACUUGUUUAUGCCCGUAGGUACAGACUGUGAAGGAAUCACGUCCGAGGAUGCAGUGUAUCGUUCUCUCGGAGGCAUUUACGAUCCAUAUCCUAUAAAGAUCGAUGAGGUUCUUGUCCGAUCCACGUAUAGGCCGAACAUCGCCCUUGCGCGCCGGUAUAGCGGAGCGGACGGACACAUCUUUCUUGCGGGCGACGCUGCUCACCAGAAUAUCCCGACUGGAGGCUAUGGCAUGAACAUGGGUAUCGCGGAUGCCUUCGAGCUUGGGUGGAAAUUGGCGGCCGUGAUCAACGGGCACUCGGCAUCCUCAAUCCUUCAAACAUACGAGCAAGAACGCAGGUCCACCGCUCUUGUGAGUAUCGAACGAUCCGGAGUACAUAUGAGCGUUCAUAUGGAGGCCAUCAAAAUGAUGAAUGGGAAGGUCAAUGAUGUCGAUGCCCCAACCGAAAGAGGCGAGCAGCUUCGCAGCAAACUACGUGACUACUAUUCCAAGAAUGACGGUGAGAAUACUGAUUAUGGUAUUGAGAUGGGUUACCGCUAUAAGUCGAACAUUAUUAUACCGGAUGGUAGCACAGAAUCACCUUGGACUCCAUCUCGAUACAUUGCAACUACAUUCCCCGGUGCUAGAGCUCCCCAUGUCUUCCUCCGUGACGGAACCUCGAUCAUCGACCUUUUUGGGAAAUUUUACACCUUGGUCGAAUUUAGAGACGGCCAAGAACGAGGCACGCAUCUUCUCGUCGAAGCGGCAUGGAAGCACCAUGUGCCCCUCAAGCUCCUGACUCUGCAAGAAGAGCCUCAGGCUCAUAAAAUCUAUGAGAGGCACCUGGUACUGGUACGACCAGAUGGUCAUGUAGCUUGGAGAAGCAACCUGGUCAAAGAUGAGGGCGAGGCCAUGGAUGUCUUCGCUAUUGUCUCAGGAGUAAAGAUCCCAGCUCACCAGGAGCAGGAGCAGGAGCAGGAGCAGGAGCAGCUGUAUCUCGCUUUUGGGGCCUCUGAAAGACCAGAGGACGGCGCCUUCACAUUUACAUCCACAGUGACGUCCAUGGCUCAAACGACCAACUUUCAGAUGGAAAACAUGGGAGAAUUUCAGGCUUGA